CGCAUUUGCCAGUAUCAACCGUCUGCGUUUAUCGACUAUCAUGUAUGCUGUGGCAAAUGUGAUCCAUUGACUUCAAACACAAAAAUUAUCGUGAUUUUUACGUAAACGUUAUAUCAAUAAUCAUGAUGGAUGUGCAGAAGCAGUAUAAAGUGAAGAUUACACGGUCUCUCCGAGGUCUGUGGACUACAGGUUAAGAACCGCUGGUCUGAGGCAUAGUCAAGGAUAAAACAACACGGGUUCAGUCAGUACGUGUCAUUCGACAACGGAAUGCCGUAUAUAACGAGAUUGAACGAGUGAGAAUCUAAAAAGUGUAGUUAGGUCACGUGAUUAGUUUUAAAAUGUUGCUACUCGAAACUUUAUUUCAACGAAAAGUGACGCCUAGGAGCAGUGAAGAUAAGAAUCAAACGCCACCGACUUUGCUUUCAAGUUUAAGAAGCGUUUUAUUCGUAAUUGGAACUGUAGUAAUCGGAUUUGCUGCAUUCUGCAAUUCGCUAACAUGGCACUUACAAAGAUUUUGGGGAGCCUCAGGUGAUUUUUGGCAAGCACAAUGGGAUAAAAUCUUAGAUAAAUUAGGAGAUGAUCCCGGCACGCUUUGGGUUUAUGGCUCGAUAGGACUGACAUUUUUCGUGUACUGGUUCUUUGGCGGGAUUUACAUGAUUCUAGAUAUAACUAAUCGGCCAGCAGUUUUACGAAGAUACAAAAUACAACCGGGUACGAACGAACCGGUCGACACGAGAGAAUUGUUCAAAGUAAUCGCUCAAGUACUAUUCAAUCAAACCAUUGUUGGACUUCCUCUAGCGUAUAUUAGUUAUCACCUUAUGGAAUGGCGCGGUUAUCCCCCUGUACGCGAAUUGCCGACCUUCCACUGGGUACUUGUUGAAAUUGCUUUUCACAUAUUGUGCGAGGAAAUUGGAUUUUAUUACUCGCACAGAUUUCUGCAUAGCCGCUAUCUAUAUAAAUAUAUACAUAAACAACACCACGAAUGGACGGCUCCUAUAGCUAUAACAUCAUUGUAUUGUCAUCCUUUAGAACAUAUUGGUUCUAAUUUAUUACCACCGUUUUUGGGAGUAUAUAUCAUAGGUUCUCAUGUGGCUACUGCUUGGCUUUGGUUUUCGCUUGCUAUUCUUUCUACAUUAAAUGCGCAUUCUGGUUACCAUCUACCAUUUUUUCCAUCUCCAGAAGCUCAUGAUUUUCAUCAUUUAAAGUUUAAUCAAUGUUUUGGAGUUUUGGGAGUAUUAGACCGAAUUCAUGGAACAGACACACAUUUUCGAAAUUCUAGAGCUUACCAACGUCAUGUAAUGAUGCUUAGCUUUACUCCACCAAGAGAAGCUUUUCCAGAUGAAGUAAAAUAUAAAUCUAAAUAAAGAAAGUUUUAUUGAACAUCGUGAUAAGAAAAUUAAAUAAGAAAGUUCGGUAUAAUAAUAUGUUCAAUAUGAAAUAUACUAUAAAAUACUUUUGCACUUGUUUUAUUAGUUUUGAUUAGUCACUUAAAUUUAAUCAGUAAUAUACAAUAAAAAUUUAUAUUUUUCAAUAAGUAAAUAGGAUUAAAUAAAUAGAAUAUAAUUUUUUUAUUUAGAAAUUGCAUAUUUUUAAUUAUUAUGAAAUUUCAGUUAUUAUAAACAUUAUAGUAACGUGAAUAUAAUGUAUUAUUAAGCAA